UCGACUUCCGGCGCCCGAGACUGUCACUUUGCUGCCCGGCGUCGAGCCGCACGGGCGUUUGGGAGCGGGUCGCGUGGCUCCGGGUUCUUAUUUCCAGGAGGUUCUGGAGACCCGAGGUGAGGUGGGUGAGGAAGGCGUGGGCGGAGGGCCUUCUUUGUGCCCGCGCCUGUUCACGCGUAGGGACCACGGGCUGAUGCCUCCCCCUGCCCCCCAGCCUCGGCCUCCGUGUUGCACGGGUGACCGUGUGGGGCGGUGGGCCGCGCCCCGCGCCCCUUGCUCUCUAGCCCCUGCUGCAGCCCGCAGUCAGCUCCCUGAGUACUCGACUGACUGGGGAGCUGAGCAGCGAGAGGCUGGGACCGGCGUCCCCGGGCCGUCCGCUUCUCUGCCACACCCCGGCUGCAGGUUCCGAUGGCGGCGGCGGCGCUAAGCGACCUGCUACCGGGCCUGAUGGCAUUCGAGGACGUGGCCGUGUACUUCUCCCAGGAGGAGUGGGGGCUCCUGGACGCAGUCCAGAGGGCCCUGUAUCGUCAUGUGAUGCUGGAGAAUUUCGCACUUGUAGCCUCACUGGGGCUGUCUGCUUCCCCACCUCAUGUGGUCAUCCAGCUUCAGCGUGGUGAGGAGCCCUGGGUUCCCAGUGGGCUGGACAUGACCUCAGCCAGGAACGGACACAGAAGACCCAGCCUCAGUUCCCGGCGCCUGGCGGAGAGCAGAGAUGUUUCUGGAAAAGCAGCGUCGCCAGCAGCCUUCCUGGACAGCUCCUCUGGGAACUCUGCUAGUGUCCUCCCUACUGCUGCUGCCUGCCACGCUGCCGAACACCUGGAGGGACGACGAGCUGCCCCCCUGUCUCAGGAGAGGAAACCCACGGGCGUGUCGGUGAUCUACUGGGAGAGGCUUCUGCUAGGCUCCGGCAGUGGCGAGGGGAGUGUCAGCCUGCGACUGACUUCAGCCCUGAGGGCCCCUGAAGGCAGCCCGUCCACGGCGAAGGCCCUCACGGCCAGCGCCACACCAGCGAAGCCGCUGAGGGCCUCCGAACGGCAGAAGGCAUGCACGCGGGAAGGCUCCGGGAGAACCUUCGCAGGUGUCCCAGACCUCGAUGCUGUGCGUGCUAGAGGGGAACGCAGGGUGGUGGGUGCAGCUUGGCAAGAGCUUCAGAGGCUCCCGAGUGGCCAGGACCCCCCAGCCUGGAAUGAGCUGGGCGAGGCCCUCCACACCGGCUCCGGUGCCCUCCCUGGAGACAAGCCUUUCGAGUGCCGUGCGUGCAGCAAAGUGUUCGUGAAGAGUUCAGACCUUCUCAAGCACCUGCGUACACACACCGGGGAGCGGCCCUACGAGUGUGCCCAGUGCGGCAAGGCCUUCAGCCAGACGUCCCACCUGACACAGCAUCAGCGCAUCCACAGUGGUGAGACGCCCUACGCGUGCCCAGCGUGCGGCAAGGCCUUCCGGCACAGCUCCUCCCUGGUGCGGCACCAGCGCAUCCACACGGCCGAGAAGUCCUUCCGCUGCAGCGAGUGCGGCAAGGCCUUCAGCCACGGCUCCAACCUCAGCCAACACCGCAAGAUCCACGCAGGCGGACGGCCCUAUGCCUGCGCGCAGUGUGGCCGCCGCUUCUGCCGCAACUCGCACCUGAUCCAGCACGAGCGCACACACACGGGCGAGAAGCCCUACGCGUGCGCACUGUGCGGCGCUGCCUUCAGCCAGGGCUCCUCACUCUUCAAGCAUCAGCGUGUGCACACCGGCGAGAAGCCCUUCUCCUGCGGCCAGUGCGGCCGGGCCUUCAGCCACAGCUCCAACCUGACGCAGCACCAGCUGCUGCACACUGGCGAGCGGCCCUUCCGCUGCGGAGACUGCGGCAAGGCCUUUGCCAAGGGCGCUGUGCUGCUCAGCCACCGGCGCAUCCACACCGGGGAGAAGCCCUUUGUGUGUACGCAGUGCGGCCGCGCCUUCCGCGAACGCCCAGCCCUCUUCCACCACCAGAGGAUCCACACGGGCGAGAAGGCCGCGCGGCGGCCCAGGGGCGGCCUGCGCGCCCAGGCCAGGCCUCCUCCGGGGGUGUCGUCUGACAGUGUAUCCAGGAAAGAAGCUGAGGCCACUCCCUCCUCGGGCCCCCCCGCCGCUCCAAAGCCAGCUGAGACCUGAGGGCGCAGCACCAGUCUGCCCUGUGAAUCCCUUCCGUGCCUAGUUGGCAAAUGUCCUCUGCAAAUCCACCGUGGAAAGAAGCCUUGCACACAUGAGCCUGGGGUGAAAGAGACUCUGGCUGUAGAUCCUUUUGCACGCUGUGAGAGGACUUGUCAUUCUGGCCACAGGUCACACCUCCAUCUCCAGGGAGGUCAUUCUGCUGAAACUUCAAGGCCGUGCACCUGGCCGCUGGGGCUUUGGAGGGGAGACUGCAGUCAGAGCCCUGCUUCAUGGUGCCGCUGCAGACAUUAUGACUGGAUGCUAAGGUAAGGAGGGGAUGCCAGCACAGAGAAGGGGCAACCCAGAGGAAUUUCUGACACUUCCACACAAACACUGAGCAGGAAAUCGGGGAUAUUCCUCUCGGGCCUCUGUUCAUCCAAGGCUCCCUGGGGGCCAGCCCAGGAGACAGGAGGCCCCAGGGGAAUGCAGGUCGGGGGCAAGCCUGGUGCAAGGAGCUGGGCUCUGAGCCUUGGCUUCCUCCUCUGAGAAGGAGAUGUGAGCUCACCAAGCGUACUGGCAGACACCCUGCUGGGUAGGCUGCUAUUAAGGGCCAAACGUGUUUGCUGCAGCCCCUGUUGACUUCUGGGCAUCUCCUCCUAACAGCCCUGGGAGGUGGCUGCUGUGGCUGUGUAUCUCCAAUUCCAAGAGGAGGAACCAGGCACAGAGAAGGGAGGGGAGGAGCCUAAGUGGACUGGCCCAGCAUCUGGAAGCCUCGUCCCUCACUCCUUGAGUCUGCCAGGAAUGAGACCCUGGCCUGGCUCCCCACAGACUCAACAGAGGUGGAGGCCCUCAAGGGGACAUGUGACUCUUCGGCAUUGGAAAGGCAAAUCCAGAAUGACGGCUUCAGUAGCGCUGAUGCACAUUUUCAUGCGUGCGUCUGUGAUGGACAAGCCCUUAUCCUACCUCUUGUUGCCAAAGUCAGUGUUACGAGGAACCUUGACAUCCAAGGUGUUGAUUGCAGCCUCGGAGGAGACAAGGUAAAGCUGCUCAUCACUGCUGGGUUUGGUGGCCACGUGCCCAUCUGUGCUCCCAGCUGAACUGGAAGAUGGACGGAGCUGCACAAGGAGGACGUGCCGUUACCUAAGACCCUGUGCAAUACCCCUCUGGGAUGCCCCCGUGUAAGGCUUCCAGAUUAGGGAACAGAAGAAUGGAGUAGGGUCCAGGUUGCUUCCUGUGGCCUUUAGCUCACCAAGCCCCAUCCCAACCUGGGGCCUCACCUCCAGGGAAGGUAAUGGUUUUACUGGACAAAAAUCUAGCAUUUACAACGUGGAAUGGAGGUAAGUUGUAAUUUCUUGCAGCAGCAUGGAAAUCUGUAGCUUCCUGUCUGAACUCCAGGGUUUGGUCCAGAUUCUCACAAGAAUUCAAAGAGGCUCUCUGAUAAAUAUCUGUUGUUAAAGAUUUCUGUGAACAGUAAUAGUCUGUAGCCCGUUACACUCUAAUACAAUGCAGAUAAUAUUAAAUGAAUGUAUGCAGAUAUGCCA